GACAGCGGGACAGUUGUCCGCGCGCGGCACAACACUUGGCUGGCACUGAAAUAUUUUUAGAAGUUCUGGAACUGCUGGUAUCAUGAUAAUGAUUUAAGACAUCGCAUUGCAUGUUUUUGAUUUAGGAAGGCUAACUACUUAGAAACUGCAUGUAACGGGGUUGUGUUAGAAUAUCUCGCCAGAGCCUGCUAGCUAAUGUUUUGAGAACAUCUUGAAAGUUGGCUAGUUAGCUAAAUUAUGAUCAAAGCAAGAUGGGACUUAUUGUUGUCUGAACUUUAUAUGUCUAAAUUACUUUAGAGUGUUAUUAACUUGUUUUAACUAAGUAGUCAUUUAGUUUCGGUAGAAAAUAGUGCAGCUAGCACGAACUGUAACGUUAGCUAGCUAACUGCUGCCUGCCAGUUUGCUAGCUGGUUUCAUUGAUGGGCUACAGUGCGUACUAACUACCAGCGUGAGAACUGCAGAAUUGACGCAUCCUUAUUUUUUCAUUGAUGAAUCUUGUAGAUUCGCAACGAUGGCUGGCGUGGUGCGCACCCUCAGCCGGUGUUUGCUGUCAGCCGAAGCCAGUCGGGAGCGAAGUAAUAGCAAGGAGAGAAACCUGGAUCGAGAUGUGAACCAGGAGCGAGAGGCAAGGCGUCGGAGUCGCGAAAUCGAUGCCAUGCUUGCCCGUGAGAGACGGUCUAUUCGCCGCUUGGUGAAGAUACUACUGCUUGGAGCUGGAGAAAGUGGCAAGUCAACCUUUUUGAAACAAAUGAGGAUUAUCCAUGGGAAAGAGUUCGACCAGAAAGCAUUACUGGAUUUUAGAGACACUAUCUUCGAGAACCUUAUAAAGGGCAUGCGGGUACUGGUGGACGCCCGGGACAAGCUGGGCAUCUCCUGGCAGAACUCGGAGAACGGGAAGCACGGCAUGUUCGUGAUGUCCUUUGAGAGCAAGGCAGGCGUGCCCGUGGAGCCGUGCACCUUCCAGCUGUACGUGCCCGCGCUGUGGGCGCUGUGGCAGGACGCGGGCAUCCAGGAGGCCUACGGCCGCCGCAGCCAGUUCCAGCUGGGGGAAUCUGUCAAAUAUUUCCUGGACAACUUGGAUCGUAUUGGCCAGUUGAGUUAUGUACCAAGCAGGCAGGACAUUUUGCUGGCCAGGAAGGCCACCAAGGGGAUAGCGGAGCACGACUUCAUCAUCAAGAAGAUCCCCUUCAAAAUGGUGGACGUGGGCGGCCAGCGCUCCCAGCGGCAGAAGUGGUUCCAGUGCUUCGACGGCAUCACCUCCAUCCUCUUCAUGGUGUCGUCCAGCGAGUACGACCAGGUCUUGAUGGAGGACCGGCGCACCAACCGCCUGGUGGAGUCCAUGAACAUCUUCGAGACCAUCGUCAACAACAAGCUCUUCUCCAACGUCUCCAUCAUCCUCUUCCUCAACAAGAUGGACCUGCUGGUGGAGAAAGUGAGAACAGUCAACAUCCGCAAGCACUUCGCCGACUUCAAGGGCGACCCGCACAGGCUGGAGGACGUGCAGGCCUACCUGGUGCAGUGCUUCAACCGCCGGCGACGGAACCGCAGCAAGCCCCUCUUCCACCACUUCACCACCGCCAUCGACACGGAGAACAUCCGCUUCGUCUUCCACGCCGUCAAGGACACCAUCCUGCAGGAGAACCUUAAGGACAUCAUGCUGCAGUGAGGCCUCCUGGACCGCUGGUGGCGCCAUCCUGCCCGUGUCCUCCUGCCUUAUAAUCAGUUCUUAGGUUUUCUUCUUCCUCAAUUUAUGAGCCGUCGUAGAGGCACAUGCACUGUUAGAAGCUUGCCUGACCUUUCAACAGAUGCACUGUCUCUUCCCAAUCAUCUAUUACAGUACGUGAGAGGUUUUUAAAAGGAUAGUGUGGCUUCUCAUGCAUGUAUUACACAGGAAUCGUCAAAGUUUUUGAAACCGAGCUAAAUCUUUUGCCACCAGUCUACCUUCAGAUCUUCUAUCGUAUUUAUGGCUAACAAUUAAGUUAGUAAAUGAAAGUCAUGGUCCUGGUUAUGCAAAAGGCUUUGCACUAGCAUGCGCAAUGAAUGUCGAAGUUUGGGGAAAACCCCUAUGAUAUAAGCAGUUAGCAGUAACAACCUUCAGUGGCUCACGGCAGCUUUUGCUCCACCACAAGAUCUGAGCUAUAAUCUUUCACUCAACGCGGAAAAUAAGGGGUGUUUUGAUGGGAGUGGUUUCUGUUUGUGCCACCUUAAAUAUAUGGCUGAGUCCAACAGGACUUUUUACACCAUUUUCAGAGCUUGUGUGAUAUUAGCAAAGUCACAUGCCUAUCUGGUCUGCAGAAACUAGGUUUCAGCAGCCAUUUAUAAUGCAGGACUGUGAAUAGUUGAAAAACAUAUUUAAAAUACACUGCCCCUGGCUCUUGUGUAUGUGUCUGUGUGUGUAAGUCUGUGUGUGUGCAUUUUUUUGUUUGGGAACAGGAAGUUGACUUCUCCAGGAGUCAUUAAACCAAGGCCACUCACCUCCGAUCCCGGAGGGCUUCAGAAUGUUCCGGAAAGUUUACAGUUCCGUGUAAACCCCUCCCCCAUCUCAGAACCAUGGAGGGACACCAAAUUGGCUCAAUCGGGGAAGCAGUUAUUGGAGUCAGGUGGUUAAACUCCUGGCUGAAGUGGACGGCCACGGACACGCGGCCCUCCCGGAUAAACCCAUCACAGCACGCUCAUUGUUUCCAGGACAAAGACGUGCGAUUAGUCACAAUAAUGCCACAGCAGCCUCCUGUUCCACCGACCCCCUCGUGUCUCUAAUGCGGUGUUCGAUUAGAAUUAACCGGAAAAGGGCCGGGACAUAUUUUUCAGCGAUAGCGCUUGACCAGACAGCGAGUGACGCGUUUACGGACGCUUCACAAUUGCGAGCGCUUAUCUUGUCAGCCCGCUGUGUGCUCGUAAGUGCCUAACCCAUGGAUGCGAACCCUGGCUAACAUUCAGCCAUGCAGAAAUGACACAAGCUCUCUGUCUGUGUUGAUGUGGUUUACCGUGUAUGUUAAGCACUGUGGACUCUUGAGUCACAAAUCUGAGCAAGGGUCACAUUGUUUUUCCUUUAUUGCUUCAGCCGCUAACUUUAUAAAGUUGGGUAAGAAAAGAAGAACUCAUCCUUUACCCAGAAACAUUUUUUUUACUGAAGGUAGGAGAUAAAGCUUCAACCUUGUGGUUUAGACAGACUAGGGGCCAGUUCCUGAUGUCAUUUUCUGGGUGGCCAGUGACCCAAGAAUAUCAUGUUGCUCAAUUAGCGGUGACAGAGAGCACACUAGUCACAGUCUUAGGCAAACAGAAAACAGCACCCCUGUUGAUAAGUGUGUUCCAGACAUCGACAGCAGUCACUGCUUAAUGAGACCUGAUUGGCUCAUCACCGCCUGUCAGGCAGUGUUAAAUCUGGCACCGGCAGUGUACACAUUAAAGACAGGACAGGUCCUCACGCCUACCUAUAUUGGUUUUGACAGUGAGGUACAGUGUAGUGUAAACCCUGGUGGAAAUCAUUAUUUCAGUUAUGAUUACCAGAGACUGGAGCAGAGCUUCAGCUUGCAGCCGAUAGCGUGACAGUGUUGAAUUUGUGGGGUUGUCACUGGGCAAUUUGGGUAAUGCAGAUGUCUGGAGUACGCUACGACUUUUGUGAUUGAUUUUGUCUGGACAUUGUCCCCGCUAGGGGAGACAGGACAUUCUUUCCUCUGUCUGCAAGUGCCCCUACACCAGUGGUGUCAAACUCUAGUCCUGAAGGGCCACAGUGUCUGCUGGUAUUUGUGGUUUCCUUUCAGUCAGCAGCCAAUUAAGGCCUUGAGAACAAGGUGUAUGGACUCUUUAGCCAAUGAAAGACUUGUAUCUCUCGUGCUGAAAGAAUGGAUCUCUCGUGCUGAAACACCUCGACCUCGAGUUUGACACCCCUGCCCUACACUGUUCUGAGAUUGGCUCUUAAUAAGGUCUUCACCUUUGGGCUAUGGAAUUGAAUAGGAUUUUGUUGAUUUCUUAAUUUCUAAAAUUCUGUUUUGGCUGGACCGUUUUGUCUUGGUCCACAGCAGUGUUAUAGAGUUGCUUCCAAUGUUACUGAAGCACACAGCAGUAUACGACAAAACUUUUAUGAUGGAAUUCAGUCUUUCUAGAUCGGGCCUGUUGCAACUGGGAAUAGUUGCUGGGCCAAACAGUAUUAAUGAAGCGUAAGAAUAGACGCAUGUAUGUGUGUGUUGUGUGUGUAUGUGUGUGUGUGUAUAAAGAGAGAGGGAGCAAGGACAGACAUAUUAGAGCUUACAGAAUGGGAGGCCCUACUAAGGCUAGUUCAACAUGGCCGGGAGCUGUCGACAGCGGUCUGCGUUCAGUCGGGGGGUGAGGGGGGAGAACGUCGUUUGACCUGCCUUCACCGACAGCUCACGAGCGGCCGGAGGCUUCGAGGAGGAGCCCGGGGAGGCUUCGAGGAGGAGGUGGGGAGGCUUCGAGGAGGAGCAGGGGGAGGCCUCGUUGCUGUGCUGAGGCUGGAGCUCUCGUCAGGCCUCCCCGUCUCUCUGUUUUUCCAGCCCAUCUGCUUUUCCGUUCCUCCAUCAGCAGCGGCCUCCCGGGUGGUCUGCCUGCCGCGGCGGCCGCUUUCGGCCUUCGCCACAGCACCUCGCUCGUCGGCCCUGCCCGUCCUUCCGUCCGCCCAUCCUGGAGGGCAGGCUUUAGCGGCCGUCUCUAAACCACUAAUGCCCCGAAAACCCAGCCAGCCACCUCAGACCAUGCAGUAUUAUGGCAAGCUAAGUAUAUGCAAAACCUUUUAGCCUGCGCAAAACUAGGAACACAAGUAGUGAUUGGUGCAAAACAAAUCCCAUGACCAAUUCUUGGUCAUGUUGUCGGUUUUGGGUGUGCUUAUAGGUUUUGCACAUGCUAAAGGUCUUCGUAAAUCAGACUCAUAGUCCGUCCAGCUGGCUAGCAGCAGCUAAACGGCUGGCAAAAAAAAAGGCAGCUAAAAAUAUCAGGCUACCGAAAACCUCGGAGGUCAGCUAAAUUCUCAGUGAACAAAGUGGCGAAGUUUAAUCAGACAGGUACAGUAUUGCCUGCAGCCCUCCUGCCACAGUACCACUUAAUAACAUCCUCGCGCAGGUCUGCCUCUGUGUGUGGCAAGCGUGUGCGAACGUCAGCUAUGUUCAGCAGAUGCGGCGGUGGUGUAUUUUUCCACGCUAACCAUCGGCCUUGAACGCCUAAAGUUUGUGUGUGCCUGUGUGCAUUUUUGACCGACAGUUUUUCUCUCAGAAACAGAAACCCAGAAAGGUUUGGAUGUACCAAACAGUUUGGACUGACCUUGUCAAAGUUUUGUUUUCUCAGAGUAGGCUACAUUUACAUUCUUGCAUACAUUUAAUUUUUCCGUGAUGUAAAUUCAAGCUCAGAGCAAUAAUUACAGUUACAGUAGACGGAGCAUUACCCAAUGUACCCUUAAAGGGAAGCUUGGGAACGAUGGAAAAUAUUCAUUUUCUUAGUGCUUUACAAAAGCUUAUCAUACAUUUACCAGUCGGAACUGAUUGUGGGUGCUGAAUGACUCUGGGAUAAAUAGCUCAGUCACAGAUGGGACUUCAGAACUCUCGUUCAAGUGAGCGCUGGUUUAGCCAACCAGUAUCAAGCCUUUGAGAGGCUGAUAACAGGCCUCUGUCUCUACGUAAAAAGGAUUACACGUCAGCCUGUGCUGAAAUUACCCCUGUGGCCCAGAGGGAGCUGGAAGAGACCACUAUGUUCUGUAUGCAAGCUUGUAAAUUUGAGCUUGCACCUCCCCCGCCCGCAGUGUUGCCAAUGGCAACGGCGCACACCCUGCAACAGCUGAACGCUACCCCCGAGAAUGGACGCUCCUUAACAGUAGACUGUUUAUUAGCUGUAGCGUCUGCUAUUUAAACUAAUAUAUGACACAUUUGGGAACCAUUUUGAUUAUAGUUUAUAGGCGUGCUGAAAAGCAAGUGUGUUUCUGAGUCAUUACCUUGCUAUAGCGCGUCAUGGCUAUGGUAUAAACUUCAUGAGAUUUUGGCUAAAGUCGCGGAUAGCUCCCUACUGUGUGGAAAAUCAAUAAUGCAGUUUCCUAAUUAUGGAUUCUGGAGAGUGUGCCGUUCAGAGAACUGUGUUGUACAGACAGGCCAUGCUGUUUACUGCUUUUCUUGACCAUUCCGGGUGCUUCUGAACUUAACUGUAUCACAAUAUUUUGGGUUAUGUCAAUUUGACAUAGCAGAUGUGUGCUAUUCUAACCUUCACAAGCUCAAGAUUGAAUUUUUUCUCCAAAGACCUUUCCAUAUACAUGCAGGACAAUCUACCUUACAUAUUUUCCACAAUGACUAAUCCUUGCCGAGCUGAAAAACAUACUCUUACGUGUUGGAACUGUUUCCUUUAUGUAGGACUGAGACUCCAAAAGUGUCUUCAUUGUAAAUGUCUGUAAAACUCUAAAAGCAAUUCAUUGUAUUUCAGUUGGUUUGUACAUAAUAAUUGUAUAAAUACAUUAAAUGUAUGUUAUGUUGUGUGGCUGCUUCUUAUGAUAUAUUUUUUAAUCAUGCAGGUAGCAGUAACUGUUUUCACAACCCCUGUGCUUAGUACACUCGUGGCUUUCACAAUAAAACUUGUGUCUUUCUAA